GUUGGUGACUUGUGGUACCUUGACCUGAUUCGUUAUAUGUCACUUCAGCUGACUUCAGCUACUAAUAAAAAUGCAUAGCCUUGAUAAGAACUUUUCAAUAGAAAUAUUAAGUUAAAUAAGUAAAUAUUUAUUGAAGGCUGCAACUCAAUAAUGCAAGUCAAUGAUGCAAGUCGAUCAUAGACUUUCACAAUAAAAGGAAGUUCUCUGAUAUCGGCAAGUGAUUUUCAGGUGAUCGGAGUGAAGAGUGAAGAGGAACUAUUUUGAACAAAUGUCAGUCAAUGUCUAAUAUUACCACUAUUCAUAUGUUGAUCUGUUGAUCCAAUGUUAUUGGAUCAUUGUAUAUUUGCACUGGGUCGAAGUCACUUUAUUAUACAAUAAGGCAAAUAUUAAAUAAAUCUAUUAAGAUUUAUAAAAAUAUUUUACAAUCUCCAUUAUCAUUCACAAUUCAGUCUGUGACCGUGAUUAAAUAUUAUCAACAGAUAAUAUAAAGUGUAUAUUUAUCUUUCCCGAUAGUGGAAAUGUUACGAAAAUCUUUUAUAUACAUAUGAAUAAGAAUUGAAUACACUGCCAUUAAUAACUAAAAGGAAAUAAAGAUGAGGACUGUGAGUGUUUGUUAUUUGAUAAGGAGAAAUAUUUUUGUACAACAUUGGAGACAAAACUUAAUUAAUUCAUCUCUAUCUUCUAAACAUAUGCAUAUUAAUUCAAAGGACAUAAAACCAGUAAAACUUGCAUAUGCAUCAUAUGAGUCAAUGAAACAAAAUACAGAUGAUUCAAAGCACCCUAUUAUUAUAAUGCAUGGCCUUUUUGGGUCAAAGAAUAACUGGAAUAUGUUAUCAAAAUCAAUACAUCAGCAAACAGAUCGUAAGGUAAUAUCUGUAGAUGCAAGGAACCAUGGAGACUCUCCACAUUCUUCAAAUAUGACCUAUAGACACAUGGCAAAUGAUGUCAUUCAACUCAUGCAUGAUUUAGGAUUUGAAAAAUCUAUUUUAAUAGGACACAGUAUGGGAGGCUCUACAAUGAUGUAUGUAGCUUUAAAUUAUCCAGAAGUAGUAGAAAAAUUAGUAGUAGUAGAUAUGUCUCCAGUGAGGACCAGUCCUCAACUUUUGGAGAUGGAAAAGAUAUUCAAUGCUAUGAGUUCAGUAGACCUAAGCAAUAGCCCAACAUUGACAAAGGCACGUAGAAUGGCAGAGGAACAGCUUGCAGAUGCUAUUAAACCACUGACUUUACGCCAGUUUUUAAUAAUGAAUAUAGUGGAAGCUGAUAUUGGAAAGUAUAAAUGGCGGAUUAAUUUACCUGUACUGCAACAAAAUUUUGUAACAGAGAUAGCAGUUUUUCCUUCGAUGCAGGAAUCAGAAGUUUUUAAGGGACCAACAUUAUUUAUAGGAGGUGGCUUGAGUGAUUACAUAAAGAUGGAAGAUCAUGAUAAAAUUAAAAAUUUAUUUCCUUCUGCUCAAUUCUCAUACAUAAAUGGUGCCAAUCAUUGGGUUCAUGCAGACAAACCAACUGAUUUUGUGAAGUGUACAAUUGAUUUCAUUAAUCAAUCAUACAAGUGAAAAAUAGAACGAUAAAAUACAAUUGUAUACAAUGUAAACAAAUUGUGAAUUCUGCAUCAGGUAAGAACUUACAAAGUUUACACACUUUAUUAACUUCUUGUUUGUUACAUUUCCAUAAAUUGCAUAUUCAAUGUUUUGUAGCUUGGAAAUAAUUUUAUCAGAACUGGAAAGUAGUUUCGCGUAAGGCCAUGUUUUAUUGGAGAACGACUAUUCAAAAUGUAAAAUUUUGAUAAGGCUUUUAGACAUUAUUAAAACAUAGUGUGCUUAAUUAAUUAUUGUGAUUUUAAGACAGAAAUAUUCAACAAAAUAUAGAUAAAUUCGAUUCAAAAAGUUCAAAGAAUUGUGUACAAAUACUAUAUUUAAGCGAUAAUGUAAAAAUUUGCGAUUGCAACUUUGUGUACAGAGAAAUAAAGUUAUAAUUUUAAAUUA